AUGAAUAACGCCACUCAUGACGAAGUUAAACAGCUUCUGCCUUCUGACUAUCCAGAGGUUCUUCUGGACGCUGUGGUGGAGAGACUCAUUGCUAUGGAGAUCACUAAUCAGAGAGAUCUCGUUGGUCUUGCGUCAGACGAUCCACUAUUGACCUCUUUGGUCAACUCAUUAUUCCCUGCGGCGGCUAAGGAGACUGAUGAUGCUGAGCAAUCACGGCUUGUGAAGGCAAUGAAAGUGAGAUCUCUCAUCAAGGAGGCUUGUGCGAAGUCUUCUCUCAAGAGUACAUCCAGCUCGCAGGAAGCCUCGCUGAAAGACUAUUCUGCUCGUUUUUCUGCAAGAUAUGGUGGUAUGCCAUCGGCAUCGCUCUUACCGGAUGGUGGUAUGCUGAAGCUUGCCCAUAAUGAUAUUGCUGCCUACAAGGAGUUUAAGGUCGCUCUCGUCAACGGUGAGCCAUCAGCGGCGUCGUCCGACAAGGUUCCCACGAUUGACAGCGAGGGGAAGAUAGUGUUCAUUCCUCCGACGAGCUCUUCGGGUAAGAAGCCACGUUCUUUCCCCGAACUUCUACUAUGUCUCGUACCGUGGGCGGCGAUGGUGGAAGUGAAUUCUUCCGCUUCGGUGGGCAAUAUUCUGGCUGAAUACAUUAUCACCCUCGCUCGCAUAGCAACAUCCCAUAGUGUUGGUGCUAGUAUUAGUUAUGAUGAAGGUUUCCGCCAACGCUUGUCCUCAUUGGCCCGUCGUUUGGCAGAAAAGAAGGGUAUCAGCUAUGGUGAGGCGGUAGCGAAGACGUUAUUGAAGGGGACUAACAGUGAACUGCUAGUCCAGGCCUAUAGUUCCACCCCUAUGGGUAGAUUUGGGGACUCUAUCUCUGAUCGUCGCUUUCCGGGCAAAGGAAGAGGUAGAGGUCAUGGUCGUUCUGACCAUAACGAGCCUUCAAGAUCGGAUUACUCAUCUACAGGAUCCUGCCCUUACAGUCGGAGUCAGUGUCAGUUGCUGAAGAUCCGUAAAUGCCCAUUUGGUCCCUCACAGCAUAAGAGUGAUGUGGCUGAUGAGAAUAAGAAGAGGAAGACCACCUGA